AUGAGCGUUGUUGUACCAAAGCAGCCAGAUCCGGCAGAGAACUGGGACGAGGACUUCGAGUUCCACGCCGGCGCAGCAGCACAGCGCGCGCUCCAUCACGAUAAAGACGACGACAUGCGAAACCCAGCAACCCCGACGAACGCGAUGCCCUCUCCGCCCACGACUCCCCUCCGCGAAACACAGAACACCCUCCACAACUGGGCUGAACCCGGUCCCUCCACUCCUUUGCGCCGCCUCCAGCACACUGAGAAUUGGGACGACGAUUUCCAGGAUGCCGACUCCCCCGGUCCCUCUCGUCGCGGCACCCGCCCCCCGCCAGCCACACGCGUGAACGGCUCCGGCUCCCCCAUCGAGAACUGGGACGACGAAUUCGAGGACAAGUCCGACAAGGGCCCAUCCCCUCGGAAGCGCACCCCUCGAAAGCGACAAUCCUGGUCCGACGAAGAGGAGGACUACGGCUUUGCGGAUCGGGAGGACGACCGGACGGUGACCUCGCGCCGCGUCGCAGGUGUGCCCUUCAUCCUCUCCAGCGACGUCCCCCCCGUGCCCCCACUCCCGUCUCCCUUCCCGCGCUCCCCCACCGCCUCCGUUUUCUCCGUCCCCGUUUCCUCCAACGGCCGCGAGUCCUCCGCCGGCUAUUCUUACUCAUCCACCGCCCACUUGGCACUUCGACCCACCGUCUCCGGGAACUCCGCUAUAGCCGCCCGGCUCGCCCUCCUCCCACCCAGUCCUCCUCACCGUGAGCGCCGCCGGCUGCGGAAGAAGUCUCGACCUCCGCACCAGUUGGAAGAGGAGGGCAUAUUCGAGCUCGACGACCGCGCCGAGCUUGUAGAGCAAGCCCGCCCCGUCACUCCCGAGACCAAUGGAAGGCGUCGCGAGCCGCCCCCCAUCCCGCCCGACGACCCUCCGCAAGACGUCGGGAAUACGUCGACGACCCGCACCCCGCUUCUCUCUCGUAUCGGCUCCGUUGGCAAGAAGUGGAGCGCGCGCAAGAAGCGUGUCAGCAACGGGCCCUCGGAUAUCGCGCUCCGGGAGCGCAACGAAGGACCGUCGUCGCGCGAACGCGGCACAAACACCGACAGCGGCGGCUCGCGCCCGACGAGCUUCAUGGCGUCGAGCUCCCCCGGGCACGGUGGCGCCAAGGGCUGGUUUUUUCGCGGUGGUGGCAGCGGUCAGGGGCCAGGUUCGUCACCGGGACGCGAGUCGGCGCUGAAGCACGAGAAGAGCGUCGAAAGGCUCCUCCACCUCAUGGGCGUCGAGCGCGGCCGUGAGCGGGAACCGCCCGGCUCCCCGUCCUCCAUCGACCGCAAGGGCAAGAUGCGCGGGCACUACGGCGACAGCUCCUCUGCGCUCCCCGCCGAUCUCGAAGCCGCCGUCGACGGGAGCAAGGCCCCAGAUUCCGCGCUCUUUGGAGGCACUCCCAAACGGCCGCAGUCGAUGCAGGUCUCUGUGUCAAACUCCUCGUCAAAUUCGGGUUCAGGCUGGCCUCACAAGCCGCCGAGCAACCCGCGCCACGUUUCGUACUCUGAGAACCGCCCUCCUCGACGACCGGUUACGCCCAGCAGUCGCGCCAGCUCGAAAGGACGAUCCGCAUCCGCGAGCGUUGAGGACGUCCGGCGCACCAAGAAGAGUUCGACGACUUCAGGUCGCGACGUCUCCCGGGAGGUUUCUGUCGAGCGGUCGAACAACGGCCAUCCGGAUGGGGAAUCGAAGGGCGGAAGACGGUUCAUGGGGAACAUCCGCCGUAUCAGUCUUGGGGGUAAGCACAAGCGCAACAAGAGCAUCGCGGCGGAGGCUACGAAACCCGCGUUGCUCGCCGCGGCGAUCAUUCAUGACUCUGAGACGCAGGACCAGAGCACGCCCCGGCCACCAUCGCGUACAAUCCGGUCGUCGAUCGACGUUCCCCUCUUGCCACCCAUCGAACUGCAGCCCCCAUCGCCCCCACAUAGACCGGGCGAACGCAAGGUUCCCCGCCCGCUCGAAGCCACUCCGACGCGAAUGUCCGUCGAACGUUCGAUUGAGCCAUCGCGCUCGCACCCCACGCUCAACCCGCGGUCAUCACAAGCCUUGUCGUCGACCUCGCAGGAGACGGCGCUCCCUUCCAUCCCCUCCCCACUCCCUUCUCCCACACGCACGCGGCCAUCGACUUCUCCCGUCCAAACCGCGUCCCUCGGUCGCACAGCGCAACCACCGAAGACGACCGAGACGCCGAUUAACUCCGCGUUCCCGCGACGGAACUCGCUCGGCGACCUCAAGAUCCCAGCGCGGAUCAGUCAAGCUCAGGUUGGAUUGCGAAGAGACCUUAGCAUGGUGCGAGACUUCGCGACGAGCGUAGAUCAGCUCAAGCAGUUGCAGCUCACCUACACGCUGCUUGCCGGCCAAGUGCGCGCCAUAUGCCAUGAAGCUACCGAGUCACAGUCCCGUCCAGUGUCUCCUAGCCCCAUGCAUCACUUCCCGCGUCCCUCUUCGCGCCUCCGCUCAUACACCAGCCCAACAGCGGUCCACGCGAUGUCUCGCAGUCAGCUCAACACCGCGUUCCUGCUGCUCGAAGCCAAGUAUCGCCUCUCAUGGGAGUGCGCGGAGCUGCUGAUCGAUCUCGGCGGAGGCGCGCCCACGCAACCUCAAACCUCCCCUCCUCCAUCCAGCCACUCCGUCCCUGCAGUCCCUUCCAUUCCAGAGGGCAAGAAGGGCCGCGAACGCGCCAUCACGCUCGGAGGCGACGAGUCGAAACCAUCUCUCCCCGGGACGCCGCAGGGCGUUUCGCCUCCACUCGCCAGUCCUCCUUCGCAAUGGCGCGCCUCAACCGGGCGUCAUGAUCUCUCUCAGCGUCAACUCCACCUCCUCCGUGAGAUGCUCAACAACCCCGACCCGUCGAUGACGAUGACGAUGGAGCCGAACAUCCCGGAAGAGGAUAUCAACCGCAACUGGCGGUGGGGCGACGCGAUGAAUAGUACCAUCACCUUACCCAGCGAAGAGUCUGCGGGCGGCACGGGCCAGCCAUCGCCGUCGAAGAAGCGUCGGACGAGUCGCCUCGGGAUGCGGCACAUCCGGGACAUGCUCCGCUCGCUGAAGAAGACACAAGGUCAAGGGAUCGUGAUGCCUCGCCUCACACCCUCCUCGUCAACGUCAGUCUCGGCAAGUACGGACUCGUCACUCAACCUUCCGCGCGAGACGAGGCCACAAUCCGUCAUCCACCGGCGACGGGCGAAGACGAGCACAGGCCCCGCCUCGCUCCCCCGCGACGUCCAUCCGAACUCGCCAUACGCGACCACCUCCGCGCUCUCGCACAAGGCGUCCCCGCGGCGGCCGUCGCUCGCCAGCAUCUUCCGUCUCGGACAGAAGUCGAAGUCGCCAACACCAGCGACCGGUCCGUCCGUCGACGAUCUGUCUUCCACGACCACGUCUGGCGGAGGGAUGACGAUGAGUGGGACCAGCCUCGGCGAGGACUGGGAUCACAUUGACUCGGCCUCGGAACUCGACCACGCUGCUCGCUCUUUCGGUCUCUCCGUGGACGGGACGGCAACAGUUCGCGGAAAGAAGGGCAAGUCGCCUUACUUAUUUGGGGGUGGGUCCGCGUCGUCGCACCGCGCGCUCCCCGAGGCGUCGUUGUCGUCGCUCUUCAGCCCCACCACGAGCGGAGGUGGGGGCGAGUCACCAAAGAAGCCCGCGUCAGCGAUCCCCCCGUCGACUCUUCAAGCGUACCAACGGUCUAUCAAACUCUCGGACGUUCGCGAAGUUGACACAGGCGACGAAGGCGCAGGGGGCCAUGCGCCCCGCGCGCUGUCGCGGACGAAGAAUCGACAGUCUGCCCCAAGUCCGUCGCCGCGACCAUCAUCUUCACGGGGGAAGAAGACGAAGGACUACUCGGGCUCUGUGCGGUCCGCGCCGCCGCAGCCUCGGGGCCCGGGGGCGAGCCCAGACGUGAGCACGAGCGUACUGCCUGCGGUAGACAUCAAGCUGGCGAUGGCUCCGGAGAACAUCAAGCCGCUGCUGGAGAACGCGAAGGAGGUACACGUGCGGUGUGCGGAGUGUAUCGCGGAGCUCGAGGCGCUCCUCGGGAGCGGGGUGGGCGUGAGCCCGGCGUAG